CUCAAGGAGCUUCGCCAUGAGUUCGCCCUCCUUGCAUCCUCCUUUAUCGAAAACAACUGCUCCACUAAGCUCUUCUUCUGCGACAUUGAGUUCCAGGAGACGCAAUCCUCGUUUCACCUUUUCGACGUCAACUCCCUCCCUCACAUCCGUCUUGUAGGUUAAAUGGCUAGAUCUGUGAAAGAUGACUCAGAGCCGAUGGAUUAGAGCAACUUCUCACGGAUGGUUGAGUCCAUGGCUGAGUGAAGAAAUUGCGCUUGGUUAGGCAUAUUGAUUUUGGUGGGUUUGAGGAAAACCCAUCGGCGCAAUUUCAGUGACGGUGUUUUCAGGCAUCAAUAUGUGCAGAGGGAACCUCGGUAUGCUUUGAGAUCCAAGUACUGGGGGAUCGCGACGCAGGCUGUGAAAUUGGUCGUCGAAAGCAUAUUCAAGAACUGGCCCCAUCUAGAGAAGCUUGAGGCGCUAGUGGAUGUGGAGAAUAUUGGGUCGCAGAGGGUGCUUGAGAAGGCUGGGUUUACGAGGGAAGGGGUUUUGAGGAAGUAUUAUAUGCUCAAGGGAAGAACAAGAGAACCCA